AUAAGCUUUAAAUAAAAACUAAAACAAAAAGAACAUUAGUUUUCAUGAUGAUAUUUCUUUACUAAUGCUUGCUUUCAAUAUGAUUAAUAUAGAAUGCUCAACAAGUGCUUGGCUCCAUGUUCAAAAGAUCAUUAUUCACUGCAUAUAAAUUGUGGUGGAAAACCAACUACUGUUGGAGGCAUCAAGUAUGAAGGGGAUGAAUUAUGGGGGUUUAGUAACACUGGUGAAGCUAUUGUAGGGAAAGCAAGAGUUGAAAGAUUUCAACAUUGAAAAGAAAGCUAAUGGAGUUGAUAAGGAAUAUAUCGAAGUAAUCAAGGCAGCUGUGAGAUCCGCUUCCAAUGGGCAAGGAAAAGAACAAAGAAUGUUCCAAGCCGUGGAAUGUAUGGUUCUCUUAUAUCAGCUAUUUCUGUGGAGUCCGAUUUCAAACCUCAGGACAGAAAAAAGACAUAAAGUUCAUCAUCAUUGGAGCAGUUUCAGCUUUUUGUCUUCUUUUCAUAGGUUCUGUCAUUUUUUGGUGCAAAUGCUAUAUUGGAACCAAGGAAUCUAGGGAGAAAGUGGAAGCCAUUAGAGAAAUGGCUGAACAAUUGAACAAGAAAGACUGGAACUUCAGUGACCCUGCUUGUAGUAGCAAAUCCACUAUUGAUAUCCCACGUACAGAUCAGUACAGCAAUGUUAUCAUCUGCAAAUGCUCCAUCUCUGCUACUGAGUGCCAUAUCCAAACCAUUACUUUUACAGGACAGGAUCUUGAUGGUGAGCUUCCAUCAUCACUAUGGAAGCUACCUUACCUUAAGGAAGUUAAUUUAAGCUGGAACUUCCUCAGUGGUUCAAUACCGCGAGAAUGGGCUUCAACAAAGUUGGAACGACUGCUCAUUAGUGUCAACAAUUUAGCAGGGCCAAUCCCUGGCUAUUUAGGAAACAUAACCACUCUCACACAUUUGGACUUGGAGAGCAACUUGUUUUCUGGAACUAUUCCCUCUGAGCUUGGGCAAUUGAACUUGGAAGUCUUGAAUCUUAAUGCAAACAAUCUCACUGGAGAGCUCCCUAUGGCUCUUAUUAGUCUCCCAAAGUUAACUGCGCUUAGGAUCAGUGGUAAUAACUUCACAGGAAAGAUGCCUGAGUUUGGCAACUGGAAACAACUUCAGAAAUUAGAGAUUGAAGGAAGUGGUUUCAACGGGCCAAUCUCAUCUAGUCUAUCUAACUUGAACAAGUUAACAGAACUAAGGAUUAGUGACUUACAUGGGGAAAGCUCAGAUUUUCCAGACUUGAGAAACAUGACAAACCUAGAUAGAUUGAUGUUGAGGAGCUGUAAUCUAAGAGGAAACAUUCCUGAAUAUAUUCCUACUUUGACAAGUCUAUCUGUCUUAGAUCUUAGCUUUAAUAAACUAGAAGGGCCAGUUCCAAAUUUUGAAAAUAUAAGGGCAUUGGAUACAAUGUAUUUAACAGGUAACUUGCUCAGUGGGUCUAUUCCAGAGUGGAUCAAUCUCAGAGAUAGUCGCUACAAUCUCUUCCGGAGCUCAUCUGGACAGAAAAACAACUCAAUGCUCAGCAAGUGCUUGACUCCAUGUUCAAGAGGAGAUGGUGGAAAAAAAACCACCAUUGAAGGCAUCAUGUAUGAAGGAGAUGAAGACAUGGGAGGUGCUGCAAAAUUUGUCCAUAACUCAGACAUUUGGGGAUUCAGCAACACUGGUGAUUUCUGGGACGUAUGGAGUACCACAAAGGACUACAUAGCAGAAAAUGUGUCUAUACUCAGAAUGAACAAUUCUGAGCUUUACACAACCGCGCGUCUCUCCCCUCUUUCACUAACUUAUUAUGCUCGUUGCUUAGCAAAUGGAAAUUAUACUGUGAAACUGCAUUUUGCAGAGAUAGUAUUACGAGAUAACAGAUCUUAUUACGAAGUGGAAGAUUUCAACAUUGAGAAGGAAUUUGUCAAAGUAGUUAAGACAAUUGUGAGUCAUAAGACACUAGAUAUUCGCGUUCAAUGGGCUGGGAAAGGGACAAAGAAUGUUCCAAAGAGAGGAAUGUAUGGUUCUUUAAUUUCAGCUAUUGCAGUGGAGCCUGAUUUCAAUCCUCCAAUAAGGACCAAAGCAACAAAGUCCAUCAUCAUUGGAGUUACUACAACUGUUCUUCUCCUUUCUAUUGCUUUAUGCAUUCUUUGGUGCACCUCUUUCGGAAGGAAGGAAUCAAGGGAUGAAGUUUUGAAAGGAUUAAAUCUACAAAUUGGUUUCUUUACCUUCAAACAAAUUAAAGCUGCCACUAACAACUUCGAUGCUGCAAACAAAAUUGGAGAAGGUGGAUUUGGGUCAGUCUACAAGGGUGUGUUAUUAGAUGGCACUAUUAUUGCAGUUAAGCAACUUUCUUCCAAAUCAAAGCAAGGGAAUCGUGAAUUCAUAAACGAAAUAGGCAUGAUUUCUGCUUUACAACACCCAAAUCUUGUCAAAUUACAUGGAUGUUGUAUUGAAGGAAAACAAUUGUUGUUGGUAUAUGAAUAUAUGGAGAACAAUAGCCUUGCUCAUUUCUUAUUUGAAGGUCCUGAAGAUGGUCAGUUGAAAUUAGACUGGGAUACUAGACAAAGAAUAUGCAUAGGCAUUGCAAGAGGUCUGGCUUUUCUGCAUGAUGAAUCAACACUAAAAAUUGUACAUAGAGACAUCAAAGCCACAAAUAUUCUACUGGAUAAAGGCCUUACUCCAAAGAUAGCUGACUUUGGUUUGGCAAAACUAAAUGAAGAGGAAAACACCCACAUAAGCACCAGAGUUGUUGGAACUAUAGGAUAUAUAGCCCCAGAAUAUGCCUUGUGGGGUUACUUAACUGAUAAAGCAGACGUAUAUAGUUUUGGUGUUAUGGCAAUUGAAAUUGUGGCUGGCAAAAACAACAUGAGAUAUCGCCCAAAUAAAAACUUUGUGUGCCUUCUAGACUGGGCUAUUUUCUUACAAGGAAGUGGAAAUCUAAUGGAGCUGGUGGAUCCAAAGUUGGGGUCUAAAUUCAGAAAAGAAGAGGCAAAAAGAAUGAUUGAAGUAGCUCUAUUAUGCACAAAUUCAUCACCUUCACUUCGUCCCACCAUGUCUAUGGUAGUGAGCAUGCUCGAAGGUCAGACUCUUGUUCGUACGUUGAGUUUGCAACCACCAAGUGUUCAUAGUGACCAAUCAAGAUUCCAAGCCUUGACAGAAUACAUGGAUCAGUUGAGAGAUGCAAAUUCAGCAGAUUCUUAGAGAUUAUAUUGUGUUUAUUCUUCAUUUUUACAAGAAUUGGUUCUUUCCCUUAUGUUAAUUAGAUUAUCGUGUCUCACGUGGAAUAAGUCUAAGAAUAUUGAACAAUUAAUAAGAACAUGUGUAAUUCUACUAAUAACCAAUUGGUUUUUAGAUGGAGCCUCAUAAUUCUUGUCAAACACGGUGGUACCAAAUAGACUUAAAUCUAAAUUAUCAGUAGCAUACAACACAAACCUUCUACCAUUACAAAUCUCCUAGUGCUUCUCUUCAGCCAUGUCAAAAUCAAGAAUUGAAAUCAUAUAGAAUAUGCCUUAAAGAAUAUUCAAGUGGAAGAUAAUUUUAGAAUAAACAAGUUCCA